AUGAUGCGCCGAGCGAAGAUCAUCAACGGCUCAACGGCGGUGCACGGCCGCUACCCGUGGUUGGUGUCGCUGCUGCUGAACAAUCGCCACCACUGCGGCGGCAGUCUGAUCAACGAGGAGUGGGUCGUCACGGCCGCCCACUGCGUCUACCGCCUGAAGGCGAACCGCUUCAAGGUGAAGCUGGGCGGCCACCGCCGCGCCUCGACACCCGAGCUGACCUCGAUGGAGGUAAACGCCAGCCGGGUGAUCGCCCACACCGGCUUCAGCUACGCCACCUUCGCCGACGACGUCGCCCUAGUGAAGCUGCCCUUCAAGGUGCCCUACUCGCCCUUCAUUCGCCCCAUCUGCCUGCCCACGCCCACCGAGCUGAAGACGACCGCCUUUGAGCGGGCCACCGUGGCCGGCUGGGGCAAACUGAGGGCGGGCGGCGUGUCCGCGGAGACGCUCCAGGAGCUGGAGCUGCCGCUCGUAGAUAACGGUCUCUGUCAGACGUGGUACAAGCAGCAGGGCAAGAGCAUCGCCAUCCGACCGACGCAGAUCUGCGCCGGCCUGGAGAAGGGCGGCCAGGACGCCUGCCAAGGCGACAGCGGCUCUCCGCUGAUGGUCACCGAUCCGAUCACCUCGCGGGUUUCCGUCAUCGGCAUCGUCUCCGCAGGCAUCGGUUGCGCCCUGCCCAAACUGCCCGGCCUGUACACUCGGGUCACCGCCUACACCGACUGGAUCGACAAGACGAUCAAGGCCGACCUGGAGAUGCCGGCUGAGGCUCCCACAACUCAGGCACCACUGGUUCCCACCACUCCCAGCCUGCCCAUCUGGCCGACCAUCAAGUGGCCCAUCAGCGUGGUG